AUGGAAGGAGAAAAAGGAAAAGAAUUAAUGUUAUUUAUUCAUGGCUUUCCUGAAUUUUGGUAUUCUUGGAAAAAACAAUUAGAUUAUUUUAAGGAUAAUUAUUGUUGUGUUGCCAUUGAUAUGAGAGGGUAUGGAGAAAGUGACAAGCCAAAUGGAAUUGACGAAUAUAAAAUUGAAAAACUUAUUGAAGAUAUUGAAAAUAUUAUCCUUCAAUUAGGAUACCAAAAAGCAAUUGUUGUUGGACAUGAUUGGGGUGCUAUUGUUUCAUGGAUGUUUGCUAUUUAUUAUCCAGAAAUGGUAACCAAAUUAAUAAUCAUGGAUGUUCCACAUCCACGUGCAGCUGCUAUUACUUAUAAAAGUUAUUGGAAACAAAUGAUAAAAUCUACUUAUAUAUAUUUAUUUCAAUUUCCCAUAAUCCCUGAAAUUGUCAUGAGUAUUCAUAAUUAUCGAACAUUAAGAAAUAUUUUUAUUGAAAAAAAAGGUGGUUUAUAUAAUAAAAAUAAUAUGUCAAAUGAAGAUAUUAAUGCAUACGUUUAUACAUUUGCUUCACAAAAUGGAUUCACAUAUCCAAUAAACUUUUAUCGUGCUUUAUUACAAAAAUGGGAUGUAAUUGAUAUACCAAAAGAGCCAAUUAAACCAGAAACUUUAAUAAUAUUUGGUGAAAAUGACUUUUUUGUUAUCAGUGAAAAUGGACAGUUGUCUCAAAAAUACUGUUCUAAAUCUAAGUUAGUAAUUAUUAAAAAUGGAUCACAUUGGAUUCAACAAGAUUUUCCGGAUGAAGUUAACAAAUCUAUGGAAACUUUUUUGCAAUCUUCUUAA